UUGAAUCAGUUUAGUUUCUGCCAGGACCUCAAACGCAGCAGCUGUGAAAUUAUCGGUUCGCGUGAAUUGAAAAUGAGUAACCCGAGUGACUAGAAAAAAAUCAGUGCCCUACCUUACUUACUGGAUUACAGUGUGUGAAAAACCGAAAGCUGCAAAAAUUUUCCGGCUCAAAUGGAUACCUCAGGAUUAUCCCCGUUAGCUGAUUUGGAUUCUAACUCUACCGGAUCGGAUGGUGUGAGCCAGUCAUUGAACAGUUUUGGAACUAAUCAAAGCUUAUAUCUGUCGCAGAAUGGAUAUCGAGAUGCUACUACUUCUAUGAAGAACCUAUUCUUCUCCGAAAAACUACAAGAAUUUACUGACAAGGACUAUGAAAGGAAAUAUAACGAAAACGCUUAUCCUAUUAAAGCCCAUUCGCAACCGGAGAUUGCAUAUUACACAGGCAAAGCUGUGAACGAAGUGCACCCCUCCAAUGUGCGGGAUGGUUCGAAUAACGUACAAUUCCUCCAAAAUAUACCACCCCAGUUGAACAACAAUGAAGUAGAUAGGAAACUUUUGAGUUUCAGUCCAGAACAAAUCCAGUGCAUGUGUGAAGCAUUGCAGCAACAAGGUGAUAUAGAAAAGCUAGCUACUUUCUUAUGGAGUAUACCCCAAAAUGAGCUGAUCAGCAGCAAUGAAAGUUUGCUCAGGGCCAGGUGUUUGGUGGCGUACCAUCGAGGUGCAUUUCACGAGCUGUACGCUCUCCUGGAGUCACACUUCUUUUCCCCUAAAUAUCAUCCAGAUCUACAGAAUUUAUGGUUCAAAGGACACUAUCGAGAAGCGGAAAAAGUGAGAGGACGGCCACUCGGCGCAGUUGACAAGUACAGAUUGCGCAAGAAAUACCCUCUGCCGAAAACCAUUUGGGAUGGGGAAGAGACCGUUUACUGUUUUAAGGAAAAGAGUCGCAACGCCCUGAAGGAUUGUUACACAAGAAACCGAUACCCAACGCCAGAUGAGAAAAAAACACUUGCCAAGAAAACUGGACUCACGCUGACACAAGUGUCUAACUGGUUCAAAAAUAGGCGACAACGGGACAGGACACCGCAGGCUAGACCGGAUAUGAUGAUGCCGGUCCUCCCAGUUACUCCUGCCCAGAUGGAUGGAAGCUAUCAGAGGCUGUUUAACGUAGCCAAUUAUGGAGGACAUGCUUAUCAUGCAAAUGAUAUGUACGCGGUUCAGUGAAAGUGUUCAUCAUAAUCGAACCAUACGACAUUAGCUUGUGCCCAGUGUGUAAUUUUGUGGAACCGCUCAGAGAAGAUCGCUAAAUUGGAUCUUUAAUGGAGCAACAACUUCACUCAUUUUUUGGGAUAAUUGCAAAUUGUGCGAAAUUAAUAACAGAAUACAAAGAACAUUGUGAUAGCAGGUCGAAUUGUUUUAAUCAAUCUUUUCCGUUGUAAAUAGUAGUAUUAUGCAAGAAAAUUGAAAUAAAAUGUGAGCCA